CCGCCCCCUCGGUGGGGAAGGGAAUCUCCGACGGGCGGGGACGGCUUAUCAAUGUCCGACCGCCGUGUACCCUUCUUCAACCUUUGACAAAAACAAAAACAAAAAAAAAAAAGAAGAGAAAAAGAACUCCACCUUCGGCGCAGGUGGUAAUUUCUGGACCUGUUGAAGAUGCCUCCCCAAUUUCUAAAACCACCUAUGCCCCACGGCGAUCCUUACUAUCCGAGGAGGAAGUCCUUAACCUUUUCCUUCCCUUCCCAAAGAUUACGAUUUCGCUUUUCGUGUCGCCUCCGCUUCCAGUUCCAAUUUGGGUCGGAUUCCUCCCUCGCCCGCCCUCUCGAGCAUCUCCCGUGGAGACGAGAGAGUCGGAGAUGGAAAAAACAGCAUUAGACUCGGUGGUCAAGAUUUUCACCGUCUCCAGCAGCCCCGACUACUUACUUCCCUGGCAGAACAAGCUCCCUCGCAAGGCUUGGGGUUCCGGAUUUGCCUUUCCUGGGAAAAGAAUUAUCACCAGCGCUCAUGUAGUUGCAGACCAAGCGUUCGUUCAAGUUCGAAAGCCUGGGUCGGCUACCAAGUAUAAGGCCCGUGUCCUUUCUGCUGCUCAUGAAUGUGACUUGGCCAUUCUAAAGGUGGACAGCCAACAAUUCUGGGCGGGCAUGCGUUUCCUGGAGCUUGGAGGCAUUCCAUUCCUACAAGAUGAAAUAGCUGUGGUUGGGUAUCCUGAAGGUGGGGACGUUAUUUCCAUGACCAAAGGCCUUGUCUCCAGAGUUGAGCCUACUCAAUAUGCGCAUGGUGCGACUCAACUUCUUGCAAUCCAAAUUAAGGCAGCUAUAAACCCGGGAUAUAGUGGGGGGCCUGCUCUCAUCGGUGUUAAAGUUGUUGGUGUAGCUUUCCAGAGUUCUGAGAAUAUUGGAUGCAUAGUUCCGGUUCCAGUAAUCGAAUGCUUCAUAUCUGGUGUCGACGAAAGUGGAAAAUACACAGGAGUUUGCUCCGUUGGCUUGUCAUGCCAGCCAAUUGAAAAUUCUCAUCUGAGAGACUACUUCGGGAUGCGUCCAGAAAUGACUGGAGUUCUUGUAAGCAGCAUCAACCUUCUUUCAGAUGCUUAUAGGUUCCUCAAGAAGGAUGAUAUAAUCCUUGAAUUUGAUGGCGUGCCUGUGGCAAAUGACGGAACAGUUACUUUCCGGCACAGAGAGCGCAUUGCCUUUGAUCAGUUGGCAUCCUUGAAGAAGCCCAAUGAAGUGGCCUUAAUCAAAGUUCUUCGGAAGGAAAGAGAGUGUAAAGUCAAAAUAACCCUCCGACCAGUAAGUCAUUCUGACUUUUUUUCUUCUUUCAGAUUAAUGUCUUAGUUAUGUUUGCAUGAUACCAUAUAUUUGUGAGAAGGUACUGUUCAUGAAUGGCAAAGAAAGUUUAAUAUAUACUAACAUGUAAAGCCAAAUUAGAAGAGUUAAAAGUUUGUUCACCUUAGACAAUUCUACAGUGAGAAAAUAGCAGGCGGAUUGAUGAUCCCCUAAUUCAUCUUGUGGAUUGGUGAUUCUGUGUUGAGGAUGGAGAUUUGGUUUCUUUGAUUGGCUAAGAGUAGACCUGUCAAAGGGCGGAUCGGGUUCGAUUUGGGUCGGGUCAUAAAUGGUCCGACCCAAAUUGAUCCAUUUAACUCAUUUGUGACCCAUUUAUCAUAAUGCAAAUUUCAUAAAAGAAAACCACUUUCUCAUCCUAUCCUUUGUGGAUGGUGUGUGUUCAAAAUGAUCAGUCAGCAUAUGAAGCUAUGCU